GCGGGCUGGGUGCUGCGCCCGCAGCAGUUCCUGCAGGGCUCAACCCAGCUGCCCUGCCCGGACGCCUUGGCAUCGCCCUGAAGCCCAGAGGGGGGUGGGCGAGGAGCCCACAGGGGCACUGGCACCGUUCUGCUCUGCCGGAGCCCACGUCGGGGAGCUGCGGAGCGCGCUGCGGGGCGAGAGCUCUCCUCCUGCUCCCAGCGAGCCCUGCAGAGCCGGGGCUGCCCCAACACUCUGCAGCAGCUCCCCCAGGAGCCCCCCAGCCCCUGUUCCUAGCUGGGUUGGGGUCACGGGCUCGCCCACAGAGCGGGGGCCAGGAUGCAGCAGCUCCAGGGAGGGACUGGGCUCCAUGAGGCUGAGCAACGACAGGAUGCCGACGGCUCGAGCUGGGAGAUGAUGGGCUGAGCACCCUCCGCCGCGGCACGCCGGGGCCAUGAGCUCCCCGUGCUCUCCAGACACCGACAUCUCAGCCUGGUUGGCCGCCAUCCACUUGCAGAGGUACCAGGAGGUGUUUCGGCAGCAUGGCUACCGCGUGGCCGGAGACGCGGCCUGGCUGGAGCCGCAGCAGCUGCAGCACAUGGGCAUCACGGCCACCGGGCACCGCAAGAGGAUCCUGAGCCUGGCGCAGCAGACGCGGGCACUCAGCCAGCCCCGGGGGGCACCGGCGCCGCGAGACCCCCGCUGCCGAGCCGCACAGGCCCCCGGUGCCCCUGAGGUGGGGAAGGAUGCCUUGAGAGCAGAGACUGGAGGGGUUCCCGACCCGUCCGCCAAGCCCAUCCCCAGGCCCAGGACGGUUUUCCCCCGCUGCAAGGCGGAGCAGGGCUCAGCCUCCACGCUGCCGGCACGCGCUGAGAGGGCUCCCGCAGCCUUCGUGGUGCUGGAGGGCUUUGUGCCAGGGGAGAGCUCCACAGACCGGGACAGUACAGAGGCCAAGCCGGCCCCGGGGGCCAUGGGCACCGGCCUGUCGUGGCUGCGGGCGCGGGACAGCGGCCGAGAGGAGCCGCGGGCGGCCCCGGCUCCGGAUCACGGACUGAGCCCGGAGGAAAGCCCCCCGUGCGCCCCGUCCGUGCCCCCACGGCACAGCCACAGGGCCCCGGCAGAGCCAGAGCCGUGCCCCAGGGCAGCCGGCCUGGAGAUGGUGUCCAAUGUCAUCUACCAAGGCCUCAAGCCCCCGGCAGCGCCCGCCGAGGACUCGGGAGGGCAGGAUGGUGCCCAGGAUCCUGCUCAGCACCCCGCUCUGGCCCUGCAGGAGCUGACCCCGCUGGACAGCAAGGCUGACAGCCCUGGCUGGCCUGGAGGGGACCUGCCCCCUAUCCCCCAGAGACCCCCCAGCAAACCAGAGGCCAUGGAGCAGCCCGUCAGCCCCUACAGCGAGACCAUCUUUGGGCACGUAGGCCCGUCCCGGGAGCAGAAGGCUGGUGGCAUCUCCUCUGGUCAGAGCUACGAGGCAGUAUCUGAGCUGGACCUGGAGCGAGAAGCGUGCAGCCCCAUUCCUCCCAGGACGAGCAGCGAGUGCAGCAGCGAGGGAAGGAGCGAGGAUGAGGAGACCAGGUCCCGCCUCAUCGACCGCAUCGUCCAGAACGACACUGAGGGCUACUCCACUGUGGAUGCCCCCCAGGCCCAGGGCACCCCCUUCAGCUUGCCAGCCCACCUCUACCCAGACGAGGUCCUGGAUGACCUGACCAUCUCCCCUUACGCCAGCUUCACCUCGCUCUGCGAGCCCCGACCCACCAUGCUGAGCGGCUGGCUGGACAAGCUCUCCCCACAGGGGAAUUACGUUUUCCAGAGGCGCUACGUCCGCUUCGAUGGGAAGAACCUGAUGUACUUCAGCAGUGAGAAGGAGCCCUACCCCAAGGGAGUGAUCCCACUGUCCGUGAUUGAGAUGGCUCGCUCCACCAAGGACAACAAGUUCCAGGUCAUCACCAGCCACCGGAUCUUCGUCUUCCGCGCCGAGAACGAGGCCCAGAGGAAUGAGUGGUGCUCCACGCUGCAGAAGAAGGUGACGGACCAGCGUCUAGUGGGAUCCCGGCCCCGGCCCCCCAACACGGCUCACUGCCAGAAGUCAGGCACCUUGGAGCUGAAGGGCCAGAAGUCCAAGGUGUUUGCAGCCCUGAGCCUGCCAGAGAUGUGGCUGUACAAGAGUGAGCAGUUCUUUAAAAUGGGCAUUGGCAUCUGCUUCAUUGAGAUGCGCGGCUGCACCAUCCGCGAGGCCAAGAGCCGCAGCUUCGAGCUCAUCACCCCCUUCAAAGCCUUCAGCUUCGUGGCGGAGUCGGAGCGGGAGAAGCGGGAGUGGAUGGAGGCUCUGCAGGAGGCCAUAGCCGAGAUGCUCUACGACUACGAGGUGGCAGAGAAGAUCUGGUCCAACAAAGCCAACAAGUACUGUGCAGACUGCUGGGCUCAGAGCCCCGACUGGGCAUCCAUCAACUUGUGUGUGGUCAUCUGCAAGCAGUGUGCAGGGCAGCACCGCAGCCUGGGCUCCAACAUUUCCAAGGUGCAAAGCCUGAAGCUUGACACCAGCGUCUGGUCCAACGAAAUCGUGCAGCUCUUCAUUGUGCUGGGAAACGAGCGUGCCAACCGUUUCUGGGCUGCCCGGCUCCCUGCCAGCGAGAGCCUCAGCCCGGACGCCAGCGCCGAGCAGAGACGGGACUUCAUCACCCGCAAGUACCGAGAGGGACGGUACCGCCUGCCCCAUCCCCACUAUGCCACUCAGGAGGAUGUGCUGCAGGCACUGUGCACUGCAGUAGCAGGACCAGCCCUGCUCAAGACCGUCCUGCAGUUCUUCUCAUCCUCGGAGGCUGGGCUGGCAGCUGACUCUGCCGCCUGUGACGUGGCCCCAGGGGCCGACCCUUGGUGGGGACCAGAGAGCAAAAAGCUCAGGAACCAUUCAGGGAGUCCCCAUACACGGGAGCCAGGUCUGGAGGGUGUCUACAACGAGAUCACGCAGCCAGUGAUGCACAGCGGGUACCUGUAUCGAGCCACAGCCCCCUGCAAGCUCCCAGGUGCCAAGAAGAGCAAAGAGGACUUCCAGCGCACGUGGUGCUCCCUGGAGAGAGCUCUGCUCUUCUUCGAGACAGAGAGGUGCACUGAGCCCCUGGGCCACAUUGAGAGCGGGGACCUCAUCUCCCUGGGCGUGAGCAGAGCCCAGGUCCUCACCAGUCCCGGCCCCAUGGAGAGGUUUCGCUUCACCCUCGAGCUCUUCCUCACUGGGGAAAAAGUGCAGCAGUUGGGAACUGAUGGGCCAGAGACGCUGCAAGCGUGGGCCAGUGCCAUUGGCAAGUGGUUCACUCCUGUGAGCUGCCACUGCCUGCUGGGCUACGAGUUCCAGCGUGUGGGCCAGCUGCGCUACAAGUGCAUGCUAAACCCUGAGAGGUGGCAGAGAGCCUUCUUCAUCCUGCAGAAAGGCCAUCUCUUCAUCUGCCCUGCUGAGGACAGCGGGGCUGAGGACAGCAUCAACCUGCGGCGCUUGCAGGAGCUCAGUCUGGUUCCUCCCACUGAAUCCCCAGAGAAGAAGGAGAUGCUGAUCCUGGUGGAGAUGGGAAGGACAUUUUACCUGCAGGGCUUGUCGCGGGCGGACUCGGCAGCGUGGUACUGCGACAUCCAGGCGUCGGCGGGGGGCCGGGGCAACGCGCUGCGGGACCAGCAGCUGAGCCGGGGAGACAUCCCCAUCAUCGUGGACAGCUGCAUCGCCUUCAUCACGCAGUAUGGGCUGAGGCACGAGGGGAUUUACCGCAAGAACGGAGCCAAGUCCCGCAUCAAGGUGCUGAUGGAGGAGUUCCGGCGGGACGCCCGCAACGUCAAACUGCGCAUCAGCGACAACUUCAUCGAGGACGUCACCGACGUGCUCAAGAGGUUCUUCCGUGAGCUGGAGGACCCCGUCUUCACCCUGGAGCUGCACCCACAGUGGAAAGAGGCUGCAGACAUCCCCUCGAAGCCCCAGCGCCUGGAGCGCUACAAGGAGCUCAUCCAGCGCCUGCCUCGCCUCAACCGCAAGACCCUGGCUGCCCUCAUCGGUCACCUCUACCGGGUGCAGAAAUGUGCCGACCUCAACCAGAUGAGCACCAAGAACCUGUCGCUGCUCUUCGCCCCCAGCCUCUUCCAGACAGAUGGCAAAGGGGAGCACGAGGUUAAGGUGAUGGAGGACCUCAUUGACAACUAUGUCAGCAUCUUCAAUAUUGACGAGGACCAGGUAUCCCAGAUGGAUCUGGAGAACAGUCUGAUCACCACCUGGAAGGACACCCAGCUCUCACAGGCAGGGGACCUCAUCAUCGAGGUUUACCUGGAGCAGAAGCUGCCUGACUGCUGCGUCACCCUGAAGGUGUCCCCCACGCUGACAGCAGAGGAACUCACCAACCAGGUGCUGGAGAUGCGCAACGUGGCGGCCAGCCUGGACAUCUGGCUCACCUUCGAGGCCCUGGAGAACGGGGAGCUGGAGCGGCCCCUGCACCCCAAGGAGAAGGUGCUGGAGCAAGCUCUGCAGUGGUGCAAGCUCCCGGAGCCCAGUGCCGCCUACCUGCUGGUGAAGAAGGUCCCCAUUGGCGAGGGCAGCUGCCUCUUCACGGGUGUCAAGCGUGAGACCCCCAAGUGUGGGCUGCUGAGGUGCCGUGAGGAGCCCCCCAAGCUGCUGGGGAACAAGUUUCAGGAGCGUUACUUUGUUAUCCGGGACCGGAGGCUGCUGCUGCUCAAGGAGAAGAGGAGUGCCAAGCCGGAGCGUGAGUGGCCCUUGGAAGCAGCCAAGGUUUACAUGGGCAUUAAGAAGAAGCUGAAGCCACCAGCCCAGUGGGGUUUCACACUGACCCUGGACAAGCAGCAGCUGUACCUGGUGUGCUCGGGGCAGGCUGAGCUGUGGGACUGGACCACCAGCAUCCUGAAGGCUCAGCACGAUGACUUGCGCCCCGUGAUCAUGCGCCGACGCUCCUCCUCCGACCUGGCCAAGCAGAAGUUCGGCACCAUGCCGCUGGUGCCGCUGCACGGGGACAGCACCGACGCCACCAUGCUCUCUGCCAACCAGACCCUGCGCCGCCUGCACACACGAAGGACUUUGUCCAUGUUCUUUCCCAUGAAGAUGCACCAGGACUCCUUGGAGGAGCAGCAGGAGAAGGAGGCGGAUGCAGACCCUGUCUACGAGGAGGUGGGCAACUUCCCUGAGCUGGCAGCGCUGGAGCUGGGCCAGGGGCUGCUGGCAGAGCUGUCAGCCGUGCCCAGGCAGCCAUGCCCGCGCCCUGAGCAGCCCCCAGCCGUGGCCCUGCGCUCCUCACUGCCCGCCAGCCCGGCACACGGCCUCACCCAGCCCUCCGUCACCAAAGCCCUGUCCCUCGAGAGGGGCUUGAACCUGGACAGCGACAAAGCUUCAGCCCAAGGGCUCAGACACACCAAAACAGCCUCACUGGAGAGGAACGUGGAGCCUUGCCUGGCGCUGGCUAGGGACUGGGAGCAGGCAGACAGCCCUGGGAGCAAUCCCGGCACCGAGAGCUCCAUGGAGACUCCCAGGAAGAGGAACGUGCAGCCUCCCUCGCCCAUCAACGACAAACUGAUGCAGGAGCUCAGCAGUGUCAUCCUCAGGAAGAGCGAGGGCCAGGCACCGGUGACGUGACCCAGCGGACCCCAGCAGCAGCCCCCGACCCGGGGCUCCAGUCACGGCCAGCGGCAGCGACCGGGGGAUUCCCCAUGCUCCCACCUUCACGGAGCCCACCCUCCCUCCAUCCCUCCUCCUCCUGCUGCUGCUGGGCUGGGAGCGGGGAGUGCCGAGGCCCAGGGGCUGGGUGGGAUGCUGAGCUGCGGUACCCUGGCACAGCAGCCCCAGGGAUGCUGGCGCUCUGGCUCCUGGGGGCACGUCUGGCAUCUGGCCCAGCACCCAGGCGAGCAAGUCAAAGGGAAAAGGAGAGCAGGAAUGUGGUGCUGCAUGUUUGGGCAGCAGGGCAAAGGGGCCAUCCCCGGGGUCAGGCGCUGCCUGCCAGCACGGGAGGCAUGGCAUGAUGUCCCCUUCACACUGCUGGGGCUGUGGGGCAGGGCCAGGACCCCCCAGCCAUCCCACACUUCUCUCCUUGGUGGCACGUGUUGGCAGGGAGGUGACAGGAGCGGGGCUGCCUGUGUGUGCCUGGCACAUGGUCCUGGCGAUGGAGGGCGGCUCCUGAGCAGCUGAGGGAUCCAUCAGCCGUUCCUUCCACCAGCGGGGACAAAUAAAGGUUUAUUUGUACUCUG